AUGUCAUGGCGCGCAGCCGCGCCAUGGCGGUCGGGCGAGGCGCGGGAACACCAGGACUUCGCGGCCGCGGUGGUGCGCGCGGCGUUGCAGGGCGCCGUGCAGGCCGCGGGUGGCCCGAGCCGCAGCAGCAGGCGGCUGGCGGGCAUCCCCGCAAAGGCGCGGCUGUUGCAAGUUCGUGACGGUGGGCACGAGGUGGACGCGCUGAAUGGCGGCAAGUGUUUCACGAUUGGCGACAGCACGGAACCAGAGACCAUGAGCAGCCCGCGGGAUGAGCUGUUCUACUGGCACGACGGCGAGUACGAGAUGGAGUUCCAGCACGACGAGGUCAAGCACCUGGCGGACAUGCUGCCGUUCCCGCAGUUGCGGGUGGAGACGGCCUGUCAGUCGGCGGCGCAGGAGGAGAAGGUGUGGGAGGCGCCCUUUAGGGAGAACGGGUGCUGCUACAUGCGGGAGCAGCAGACUGAGGCGGCCAGGCGUCUGUGCACGGACACGGUCAUCGGCGUGGUCGGGCUGCAGACGGAGGUUGGCGGUCCCAUGACGGCGGUGGUGGAGGAGAAGGGGAGCGCGGUCGGGCCGCAGGCGGUGGUUGGCUGUCCACAGAUGGCGGCGAAGGAGAAGGAGAGCGCGAGGGACGCGGCGACCCGCGAGAUGGUCUUGGCGAGCCUCCACGAAAUUCUUGGACUGGUAAACAGCUGCGAGAUGGAGGACAACGGCCCAGCCGUCGGCUCGGGCGACGCGGACGGCAACGGCACGAUCGACCUGGAGAGGAAGCUCACCGACGAGGAAGUCGCCGAGAUGAUCCGCUUGGCCGUCGGCGAGAUCGAGGACGUGUCGGACGUGCUCGGCGCAUACACCUCGUUCGGGCACGCGCUGGACGAGAAGCUCCUGAUGGCCCUGGGCCUGCGGGCGAGCCAGGUGAUGUCGGAGAUGGACCCGCAGGGCGUCGUCGGCCUGCUCUCCGCCCACGCCGCCGCCAAGCAGCGGCCGGGCAAGGCGCUCCUGGGGGCGCUGCAGAGCAGGGUGUCCGAGGUCGCGGACGUCAUGAGCGGCAAGGACCGACGUGGCAAGGGCCGUGAGCGCGUACCUGCAGCUCGGCGUGCAGCCCGGGCCGGACCUGCCCGUAGAGCCGAUGUUCAGGCGCGGCAAGGAGGUCACCAACGAGAUGGACGCACAGGACGUGGCGACCAUGUUCCGGGGCUACACGGCCUGGUUGGAGCCAGCUGGAGAGGACGCCGGAGCGAAGAACACCAGCACCACAGAGAAGGCGACGGACGGCCAGCCAAGGAAAAGCACGACGACAACCCGGGAAGAAGGCUCCGAGGCGCCCUCGUCGGCGACGACGACCUCGGCGCCCUCCUCGGCGACGACGACCUCGGCGCCCUCCUCGGCGACGACGACGACCACGACGCCCGAGGCGUCCUCGACUCCGACGACGACUUCCACGGGCCCCCCGGCGGCGGCCACGACGUCGGGCUUCUACGACGUCUCCAAGGUGCAUGGCGAGGACGGGGGCAUGGGCGCCCUGCCCCCGUGGUGGGUGCUGCACGGCGUGCAGCCGGCAGGCAAGCCCAAGGACAGAGCGCGGCUCCUGGAAGUCCGUGGCCUUCUCGGAGGACGCAGCAGCAGCAGCUCGGCAUCGACGAGGCGGGCAAGGUCGUGAACCAGGCGCGAUUCGACAAGGCCAUGGAGGAGCUCGACACCCCCGUCACCGCGGCCAAGGUGAACACCAGCGUGCCCGCGACGGCGGGCUCCCUCCUCACUGGGGCCGCCUCCCCGUUCGCGGCGGUGGGCAAUGCCACUGCGGCCGCGCUGCCGUCCGCGAUGCAGGCGAACACCAGCGGGCCCGCGACGGUGGGCUCCCUCCUCCCCGGGGCCGCCUCGCCGUUCGCGGCGGUUGGCAACGCCACUGCGACCGCGCUGCCGUCCGCGAUGCAGGGCAGCUACCCCGGCGCUGGAGCGGCGUUCGGCGGCGCCGCCGCAGGGGGGCGCCCGACGGCCCAGUCGCCGCCGAUCGCCACGAACCCAGAGAUGCCGGCCGCGGUGCAGCAGGCGGAGGAGGCCUUGCACAAGAUCGCCCCAGCCCUCGGGGGCGCGGGCGCCAACGGCACGAAUGCCACCGGCCUGCUCGCCCUGAGGAGCCUGGCGCCUUCCCUGCUCCGGACGGGCCUCCCUGAAGUGAGAGCGGCGCCCGACCUCCUCCUCCUCCACGCCGCUGCGCGCCCUGCGGCUCGCACUCAGGCCCCUCCGCAGGCUCGCCCCCCCUUUGGGUGA